GCUGCACAAGAACUGAGAAGAUGUCUCAUGUGGUAAAGAAACGAAAAUUGGAUAAAACCCGACAGGACAGACUUUAUUUUGACAGCUAUACCGAUGUGACUAUUCACGAGGAAAUGAUUGCGGACCACGUCCGGACUAACACGUACCGAAUGGCGAUACUUAACAACAGUGAGUCCAUACGGGGGAAAGUUGUGCUGGACGUGGGUGCAGGAACCGGCGUUUUAAGCAUGUUCUGUGUUCAAGCCGGUGCUAGGAAAGUCUACGCCGUUGAAGCUUGUUCUAUAGCCGAACAGGCUGUGAAUAUCGUGAAACAGAACAACAUGGAGGACAAAAUUGAAGUGAUUCGAGGCACAGUGGAGACGGUGGACCUACCGGAGAAGGUGGAGGUGAUAGUGAGCGAGUGGAUGGGGUAUGCCCUCCUGCACGAAUCCAUGCUAAACUCGGUCCUCUACGCUCGCGACAAGUGGCUCAAGCCGGGCGGCAUCAUCCUGCCCCACAAAGCCGAGCUCUACAUCGCCCCCGUCAGCGACCCGGUGGUGGAGGACCGCCUAAAUUUCUGGUACACCGUCAAAGACCAGUACGGUGUCGACAUGUCCUGCAUGUCCGACUUUGCCAGGGGGUGUAUCAUGAAUUCGGACAUCACUGUGAACUCGGUUCACGGGGAGGACGUGCUCUCCCACCCGACCCGCUUCGCCGAGCUCGAUUUACACACGGUGACCGUGGAGGAGCUGCGCUCCGUCAAGGGGAAGUUUAACUUCGAGUCUUUCGGCUCGGCUGCAGUGAACGCUUUCUGUGUUUUCUUCACGGUCACUUUCCCAUGCCCGGACAAGCCACUGCCGCUGGUGCUCUCCACGUCCCCGUUCAAACCGGAGACGCACUGGAAGCAAGCGGUGCUGUACCUGGAUGCCCCGGUGGAUGUGGUGCAGGACACGUUGGUCACCGGGGAGAUAAGCAUGUUCCCCUCGGAGGAAAGCGCCAGACAUAUAUGCAUCCACGUGGACUACACCAUAGGAGAGCAGAAAAGACAGUCCAAGACCUUCUCCAUCCCUGACUGGAGCAGUGGAGCUCAGUCAUAGGGCAGCAUCACAUCCUGUGUUACAGUUCAAUCACCAGGCAGCAACACACUCAAAGGCCACAGUCCUUUAUUAAUAUAUGUCACUAAUUCCCAAACCUUCCCAGAGUUAUUGAAUAAGUGGAGCUAUGUUGACCAGUGAGGUAAAUCCACACCUAAAACUAUAACUGAUCGUGGAAAAAUGACUGUCUCUUCUGUUUACAACAUUUAUUAGCCAUAUUUACCACUAAAUUGAGAUAAUUCUGAUCGUUGUAACAAACCUGUAAUGUCUCCAUUAAUCAUAUGGUCUGUAAAAGGUCCUAAUAAAUAAGUAAAUAAAAUGGGUUAACAUCCCAACAAGUCAAAA